UUUUUAUGUCUUAUAUUCCAAAUAUUAAUGUAUUUUCUGUAUAUCGUUUCUGAUAUAAUUGAUGCUAAUUAUAUGUGAUGUAAUGAGCCUUGUUGUGCUUGUGUUAACAUGUUAUUGACCCUGUACACUUUUUGAACUUUUUAUUUUGUAUGUAUUACUGUAUAGAUUGUGUCUUGUUUGUGUCUCUGAAAGCUUAAUAGGUUGAUAUUUAAAUUCAUCCAGAUCUUAACAGUAGCCUUCAUUUUUUUUUUUUUUUGGAAUAAUAAAAUUGCUAACGAGUAAUGUAAAUAUUAACACCAUAAAAUAACUUUUACACAGAAUAGUACAAUUGAUCACGUCUUAUUGGCUUCUAAUCUUCACUAGGUCAUUGCGCGUCAAUGUGUACGGUGUCUCCCAUUGGUUAAGCAUAGAGACAGAGCGACACGCGUCAUAAUCUGAAAACCACGCCCACCGGGGGGAGGAAAACAAUGUUGGGCGUUGCCUAAACGCGCUCUGUCUCUGUUACUUUCAGUUUGUUUGUUUUUUUGUUUUUUGUGGCCACGGAACACUUUAAUGGAUUAGAAUCUACGUUACAAAAACCCUACGUUUUAUUUUUUAGGAAAAGCAGUGAAAAUGCUUCUCCUUAUUUUGCCCUCAUUGCUUUGGUGUUUACGAGACUGUGGUGUGUCUGGUGUUGAUACAGAGAGAUUGUCUGUGAAUGAGGGAGAAUCAAUUACUCUAAAAACUGGUGUUAAAACUAACCAAGAAAAUAUAAGGUGGUAUUUGACAUUGGAGAAUGACAUUCUCAUCGCUGAAACCACUGGAGAUCAGAGUAAGAUCUGCACAGAUCAACAGUGUAAAGAGAGAUUCAGAAACAGACUGCAGCAUCAGACUGGAUCUCUGACCAUCAAAGACACCAGACCCACAGACUCUGGAGUUUAUAAGCUAAAGAUCAACAGCAGCAGAUUCAGCACAAAGAUCUUCAUUGUUAUUGUUCACAGUUUUUUCAACAUUCAUACAGAUGAAGAGUCAGCUUUUGUGUUGAAAGGAGAUUCAGUCACUCUAAACACUGGUGUUGAAACAGACAAACAAGAAAAGAUUAGAUGGUAUUUUAAUGGCAUUCGCAUUGCUGAAAUCACUGGAGAUCUCAGUAAGAUCUGUACAGAUGUUCAGUGUAAUGAAGGUACUGAGAGAUUCAGAGACAGACUGAAGCUGGACAAUCAGACUGGAUCUCUGACCAUCAAAGACAUCAGAAACACAGACUCUGGGGUUUAUCAACUACGGAUCAUCACCAGAAGCACCAUCAAUACAAAGAACUUCAUCAUUGCUGUAUACGAUUUUCCUGUUGUUGAAGUAGAUGGAAUAAAGAGAAAGUCAGUGAAGGAGGGAGGAUCUGUCACUUUAGAUACUUAUGUAAUAAAAAAUUCCAAAUGAUUCAAUGACAUGGUAUUUUAAUGACACUGUCAUCGCUGAAAUCACCAGAGAUCCCAAUAAGAUCUGCACAGUUAAUCAGUGUGAUGAGAGAUUCAGAGACAGACUGAAGCUGGAUCAUCAGACUGGAUCUCUGACCAUCACAAACAUCACAAACACAGAUGAUGGACUCUAUAAACUACAGAUCAUCAUCAGCAGAAUCAGCAUCAUUAGGAGCUUCAGUGUAAAUGUCACAACUGUUCCAGAUUCAAGUGUGUCUUCGAAUGCUAAAGGAGGAAUAUAUGCUGCUGCUGCUGUUGUUGUUCUGCUGGUGGCUGCAGCUCUAACAGCUGGUGUGUUUUACAGUCGCCACAGGAAAUAUACACAAGCAGGCCAAAA